AUGAUUAAUUCUACAGUGCGAGUUGUGGCCACUAAUUGUAUACUGGUCAUGUCGGAACCUAAAGUUAUAUUGGUAUCCUUUGACGAUGAAAAAUUCCCUGUGGACGUCCAGGUGGCCGAGAAGAGUGUUUUGAUCAAGAAUAUGAUCAAUGAUUUGAAUCCUGAUGGACUUCAGGAAGAUUUUGAAAUUCCAAUCCCCAUGUUGCGUUCUACUGUUUUGGCAAAAGUACUCGAGUGGUGUGAGCACCACAGAAACUCUGAGUUUCCUGAUGAUGAUGACGACGAUGCCAAGAAGACCGCUCCGAUUGACGAAUGGGACAAAAAUUUCUUGAAGGUGGAUCAAGAAAUGUUGUACGAAAUCAUGCAAGCGGCCAAUUAUUUGAAUAUCCGGCAAUUAUUGGACUCAGGCUGUAAAACAGUGGCAGAAAUGAUCAAGAACAAGUCACCAGAAGAGUUGCGUCGGACUUUCAACAUUGUUAAUGAUUUCAGUCCUGAGGAAGAAGCUGCUAUUAGAAGAGAGAAUGAGUGGGCUGAAGACCGCUAG